CGAAAUCAGACAACCGUCCGCAAGCAACAAUCCAAUUUCUCUCUCUCUCUCUCUCUCGUCCUAAAACCACCACCACAGAGCCACCAUUACAAAACCACCAUCUCCUUCAUCUGCAAAAUCUCGGUAAACACACACACACACACACACACACACUGAUUACCAUUUAUUACGCAAAUCAUAAAAUGAUGGAAUCCAAAACUCUAACCCUAGCUCCAUCACAGCCACCAGGCCAAGCCCUCUUCCCUACCCUCGAUUCCCCACACAAAACUCUAACUUUCCACCGAAUUAUAGUCCUCCUCAUUACUUUCGCAGCCUACGCUUCCUUCCACGCCUCAAGAAAACCCCCAAGCAUAGUCAAAUCCAUUCUUGGUCCAGAAAUUACCACCCAGAACACAACAAUCCCACUAUCUGACCAAAACCCUAUUCAAUUGGAUCAAAAUCCAGUUGGCAUUGACACUGGUUGGGCCCCAUUUAAUGGAUCCAGCGGACCUCAUCGUCUUGGUGAGCUUGAUCUUGCUUUUUUAUCUGCUUAUUCUUUGGGGAUGUAUUUUGCAGGCCAUAUUGGUGAUAGGAUUGAUUUGAGAGUCUUUUUGACAACUGGGAUGGUGGGUAGUGGGAUUUUUACAAUACUUUUUGGUUUUGGAUACUUUUUGGAUGUACAUUUUUUCUGGUUUUUUGUAUUGGUACAGGUGAUUUGUGGGUUGUUUCAAUCAAUUGGAUGGCCCUGUGUUGUGGCUGUAGUGGGAAAUUGGUUUGGGAAGUCUAAAAGGGGGUUAAUAAUGGGGGUUUGGAGUUCACAUACAUCAGUUGGCAACAUUAUUGGUUCUGUUGUAGCUUCUGCGGCUUUGGGGUUUGGGUGGGGUUGGUCUUUUGUGUUGCCUGGAAUUUUUAUUCUCUUGGUGGCAGUUGUGGUGUUUUUGUUUCUUGUUGUGAGCCCAGAAAAUGUUGGGUUUGAGUUACCAGGAACAGAGGUUGAGAUGAAUGUGGAGGGAAUGGCUUUAGUAAAUUCGGAGACAAUGGAAUCCGUAGAGUCGGGAGUUACUGGAUCUGAGGAUGAGGAAUCUUUGGGUGCAAUUGGGUUUCUGGAAGCGUGGAGGUUGCCGGGGGUGGCACCAUUUGCGUUUUGCCUUUUCUUCUCUAAGCUGGUGUCUUACACUUUUUUGUAUUGGUUGCCUUUCUACAUAAGGCACACAGCUGUUGCAGGUGUGCAUUUGUCACACAAAACUGCUGGGAUUCUUUCGUCAAUUUUUGAUAUUGGAGGAGUUAUUGGGGGAAUUUUGGCAGGGUACAUUUCUGAUAUUAUUGAAGCUCGUGCCGUUACUUCAAUUGUAUUUUUGUUUCUAUCAAUUCCUGCCCUAGUUUUCUACCGUGUUUUUGGGAGCAUAUCCAUGUUCACCAAUAUUUUAUUGAUGUUUAUUUCUGGGCUGUUUGUGAAUGGACCGUAUGCACUUAUUACAACAGCAGUUGCAGCUGAUCUUGGUACACAGAGCUUGAUCAAAGGGAAUUCCCGUGCAUUAUCUACUGUGACUGCAAUUAUAGAUGGUACUGGCUCUGUUGGAGCAGCUCUUGGCCCACUUCUGGCUGGAUAUAUUUCUACUAAAGGAUGGAAUAGUGUGUUUUUUAUGCUUAUUCUUUCACUCUCUGUUGCGGGCGUGUUAUUGAUUCAUGUUGUUAAAAACGAGAUUAAAGGGAAGCUAAACGAGGGAAAAUGGCUGUGGUUGAGCCCUAUUGCACAUUAAUGGAAAACUUCAUUGAGGCGUCGUUAAGGUAUGCCUUCCCUACUCAUUGUGAAAAUGACUCAUAUACAGCAAACAGGAUUUUGUUGGAGCAGUGAACGGAGUUACAGGGUAAACGAGUGAGCUGAGCUCGUAGUUGGGUAGGGAAACUUAGGUUUAGGAAAGGUAGUUUACUUGCUUACUGGCUUAGGGAAACUUAGGCAGCUCAGCUGUAGUUAACUUGCUUGCUAAAGGUGGGGCUCUUUGAAGUUGCCAAUUCAUGUAUUUCCUUUUGUGGUCAUACGAGAAAAAUGCCUUUUCAUACGAGAAGCUGGACCAUGACGGAGGACUGGUCUAGCUUGCCAUUCAUGUAUAUUCGUUUUGUAUCUUGCUUUGGAAAAUGGAAUCUCAUACAACAUAAAAGAAAUUGGAGGACUUUCUUGAAACCUGAUUCAUGAUUUCUUUAUUUUAUCACAUUUUGACACACAUCCUAUGAUCAGUUUGUUUUCCAUCUGUAUAAUUUAGUUUAUUAUGGGACAAAAUACACGGUUAUAUUCAUGUUCUGUUCAGGUAGGCCUCAGUUCCUUGGCUUUUAUUGUCAUACUUGUUAUAUUCUCAGCUAUGUACUAUUGUCUGAGAGAAUUUUACUUCAUGACCUAAUUUGAUGUUAAGGUAUAGAAGCUUACCCGAGUUGAUCUGAAAUGCGUGUCACGUUUUUCUAUUCAUGCUAAAUUUAUAGGUUAAUGCAGGUCACAUUCCGUGUAAUUGUGAUAUUCUGAUGCAGUAUGGGUGGCGAGAUUUUUAGUAUUUUAUUGAACAUUGUCAAUGCCGUUCU